AAGGUGGGAAGAAUGGCGGGGCUGGUGGUGCUGGAUCGAGGAGGACGACCCCCAGGAGUUCUCCCAAGUUCGCUAGGCACCGCCGGUCCGCAGAAACAACUGGAGCAAUGUCGGUGCUGACGACACGAAGUUCACAGUCGCCACCACCAGGAUUCUUCGCCUCACCGAGGUCGGGCUCACCCUUGAGAUGAUCAGGGCGGAUUUGAUCCGCCGCCGAAUCAAUCCGCUGCACAACAAGGGGAGGCCAGCCUGGCUCUUCACGAAUGCGGCCGACAUCAUGAGGCUUUGCCCCGGCCUUGACCACAACCUCACGGUGAUGGGGCACGCCCAAUUUUGCUAGCGGCUUUUCCAGCUCGACGUGAACCGCGACGGCGAGGUUGAGCGGUCCGGCAAGGCCACAAAGGCUGCCGCGUAGGCCGGCAGGGCCACCAGGGGGCCCUUGUUUAAGCUGCCGGCGGGGGUGGUCGCGCUGAGCAAUAACUCGCGUCGCAACGACAUCAUCGCCAUGAUGCUGGAGUUCAACGCGCACGGCCUCGUCCCAAAUUGGGCCGAGCCGGCGGAGGAUCAGGUGCAGGAGUUUUUUGACACCUUGGAGGAGAAAUACGUCAGCGCCGAGCCGCGGCUCGUCCAGGACACUACCCAGGCGGAGCUGGACUACAUCGCCGCCAGGGCGGUGGAGGCGGAGCUCGCCAGGGAGGCCGGGAGCGCCGGCGGCGUGGAGGACAAGGCCGCGGCGGAGGCGGAGGAAAAAGAGCUCGCCCAGUGGGCGGAGUCCGCUGGGGAAGCCAGCAGCGCCGGCACCGGGGCCCCUCUCGUCGAAGAUGUGGUCGAUGAGUCGUUGGAAGAGGAGGCCGAGGCUGUCGACCCUCCGAUCACGGGGAGAGGGCGAGUCCUGCGGCAGCCCAUCUCUGGUGAGCCGGUCCGGCCUGGCAGGGCCGUACAACUGCGGCAAGCCCAGGAGACGUCCGCGCGCCAGACGAGGGCCGCGGCGGUGAAGAAAGUGGUGAAGGCCGCGGUGGCGAAGAAGAAAGCAUCCGCUUCUUCUUCGUCCAAACGCGCUCAGACCCCACCUCCUUCCCCUCGUUCGGCGGACGUCGACGCGGAGGUCGUCUUCGACUUCGGGUCCCUCAGCCCACGGAGGAAGAGGAAGGCAGCAGAGGAGGAGGUGGAGGAGGAGGAGGACGUGGAGACGAUGACCCAGAGGGUGAAGAGGGCCAGGACCUCGACGGGGGGCCAGCCCCCGGCAGACGCUUCCGGCACACUGCUGGUGGUGUUGAGCAGUUCGGACAACAGCCCCCGUCCCAACCCCCAGCGAGGAGGACAGCAGCAGGAGGAGCCACAGAGGGCUACCCCCAACACGCCGCUCCGAGGGACGUUCCCGCUGGAGGUGGAGCGGGACGGGUUGAGGGACCAGGCCCAGAAGCUGGCCAAGGAGAAGGACACGCUCAACGAUGCCCUGAUUGAGGCGCAGGGCGCGGUCCUCAGUAGGGCCGGGGAGCUCUCCGAGGCCAACAACUCCAUUAAGGACCUCAAACUGAAGCUGGAGGGUCUCGAGGGGAUGUUGUUGGAGAGGAAAGCCCGGGAGGAGACCCUGAGCAAGGAUGUGGAGAACGAGAAGCAGCUGCGGAAGAAUGAGACCACCGACCACAAAGACUUUGUGGAGGGUGAGAAUCGCUGGAUUGGCCGCCUUAAAGACGUCGCCGGCAGGAUGACCAUGUAG